UCGAUGCUAAUGGCAAACGCCAAUGUUUACCUUCCACUUUUACUUCUCCUAAGCGUCCUAAAACAUGGUCAAUCAGCAAGCAAUUACGUGCAAGAUGCAUGCAGUGUGACCAGAUACCGUGCCCUUUGUAUCAGCACACUGGCACCAUUUUCCAGCUCCGCCAAGACAAGUCCGAGCAAGUGGGCGCGAGCCGGGGUUUCGGUAACCAUAGGGGAAACCAAGAAGGUUGCCCAGUACUUGAUCAAAGUGAAGAAAUACAAAGAGAUGAGUGGGAGAUACAGAAUCCCAGUCUCGGAUUGCACCGAGUGCUUUCAAAAUGCUAUCGACCAACUACACGGCUCACUCGGGGUCCUUCGGAAUCUGAGUGCCGGGAAUUUUUACGAACAGAUGGGGGACGUGACGACUUGGUUGAGUGCAGCACUAACCGAUCAAAACACCUGCAUGGAUGGUUUCGAGAAUCCCAAGGGUAAGCAAGCUAAAAUGCUGCGCAACCGGGUUUUGAGAUGCUCGUAUUUUACGAGCAAUGCUUUGGCUUUGGUCAAUAAACUUGCAACCUCGGGGUUGUAAAGCUUGAACCAUCCUCGACGAUCAUGGAGUGAAGAAGGGAUUAAGAUGAAUAAGAUAUGUACAUUAGCAUAAAUCCGGCUGAACAAAUAGGUUCAGAUUUUAAUUUCGGUGUGAAGUCACCAGGCAUCAAAUAAUACCAUUUUAAUG